GCAAUUAAUUUUUUAGGUUAUGCACACUUAUUUGCAUUUUUCAUUUGCCGACUGUUUAUAUUGCACUCCAACCACGUGUAUAACAAUUUCUAUUUAAACAAUUGUUUUUAACGAUGGCAAACGAUCUAGAACAGAAAAUAAUCAAGCAAAUAGAAUACUACUUUGGUGAUAUAAACCUUCCAAGGGAUAAGUUUUUACAGGAACAGAUCAAAGAAGAUGAUGGCUGGGUACCUAUAGAGGUAAUGCUGAAAUUCAAUCGCCUCGCAAGCAUUUCCAAUGACGCUAAAGUGAUAGCUGAAGCCGUGGAGAAGUCCGAAAAUAAAAUAGUCGUGCUAAAUGAGGAUAAAAGCAAAGUUAGACGAAAUCCAGAGAAGCCACUGCCAGAAAAUAACGAAGAAUUUAUCAAAACCCUUAGAGAAAGAUCAGCUUACGCGAAGGGAUUUCCACUAGAUGAAACUCUGGACAACAUCAUAGCCUUUUUGGAACCAUAUGGCCCACUCGAAUCAGUCAUUCGUCGAACACAAAAAGAGCAUCAGUUCAAGGGCUCCUGCUUCAUAGUUUUCAAGGAAUUAGAAGCUUGCAAAAAGUUUGUUGAACUCGAAAGCCUUAAAUACAAAGAGACCGAAUUAAUAAGGAAAAUGCAGAACGUUUACUAUGAAGAAAAGAAAAAAAUCAUCCAGGAGAAAAAGAAAGAGCAAAGUGACCGAAAGGAAGCAAUUGUAAAAGAACAGGCAACAAAAUUAGAAUUCCCAUUAGGUGCCACAGCCCAUUUUGCUAGUCUCACCGAGAAUAUGCAACUAUCCAGAGAAGAAAUAAAAGCUAAGGUAAAAGAAGUCAAUGAAGAUAUAGAAGUGGUAUAUAUUGACUUCCAAAAAGGAGACCAGGAAGGUUUUAUUCGGUUUGCCAAAGAGAACAACGCCGCUGACUUUGUUAAGGGGCUGGGUGAAAAUGGCGAACUUGAAAUCGGUGACGAGGUCAAGCUGAAAUUGCGGGUGUUGGAGGGCGAAGAGGAGGAAAAACAUUUGAAGAAAACGUCGGAAGAGAUUGUUAAGAGGCGACAGCAUAUGAAACAGAACAAGGGCGGCCAGAAAAGAAAAGGAAACUAUAAGCAUGGCGGUCGGAAUUCUAAAUCUGUUAAAAAAGAGUAGAUUAUUUGGUACAUACAAGUGAAUAUACAUAUGUAAGUUUGAUUACUUUUUAAUGUUAUGACUGUUAUAAUAAUGUUAUUUAAAAUGUACAUUUUAAUCUAAUAACAAUAUUUAACCCUUUAUUGUAUUUUUAAUAAAAGUUUUAGGAGAAUU